AUGGAGGAGGAGCAUAUGAAAGUACCAUUGUUGGAGAAGAAGCAAUACUAUGAGGAUUGUCCUGGUUGUAAGGUGGAACAAGCCAAAGAACUAAACCAUAGUGUAUCCAUUAUAAAUCUUUUGAUUAUUUGGAUGAUUGUGUUAUCUGCUACACUUCCUGCAUCAUCACUUUUUCCAUUCCUUUAUUUCAUGGUAAGAGAUUUCAAUGUUGCAAAAGAAGAAGCUGAUAUUAGUUAUUAUGCUGGUUAUGUGGGAUCUGCAUACAUGUUUGGAAGAGCUUUAACAUCUGUAUUAUGGGGAAUGAUAUCUGAUCGAUACGGUCGAAAACCUGUUAUAAUUAUGGGGGUCAUCGCAGUAAUCAUACUCAACACACUAUUCGGCCUUAGUACGAGUUUUUGGAUGGCUAUUAUAACGCGAUUUCUUCUCGGAAGUUUAAAUGGCAUACUUGGACCCGUGAAGGCUUAUGCUACUGAACUUUUUCGAGAAGAGCACCAAGCUAUAGGACUUUCUACUGUUAGUGCAGCUUGGGGCAUAGGUUUAAUCAUUGGCCCCGCGUUGGGUGGAUAUUUGGCUCAGCCAGCAGAAAAAUAUCCGGAAAUAUUUUCAAAGGGUUCCUUUUGUGACAAGUUUCCAUACUUCUUACCAUGCUUUAUAAUAUCAGGAUUCGCACUUGCCAUAGCUAUUGUCUGCAUUUGGAUUCCGGAAACACUUCACAAUCACAGUGGAAACGAGUCUAGAGACGAUGCUGAAGCUAUAGAAAAUGGGAGCAUAAGAGUAGUUAAAGAAAAGACAGUUCAAAAGAAUGAAAACCUCUUCAUGAAUUGGCCUUUGAUGUCAUCUAUCAUUGUGUACUGUGUCUUCGCACUUCAUGAUGUUGCUUAUCAAGAGGUUUUCUCAUUAUGGGCUGUUAGUCCUCCAAAGCUAGGGGGUUUGAACUUUACAACAGAUGAUGUUGGCAAUGUUCUUUCAAUUUCAGGACUUGCACUUGUGAUCUACCAACUUUUCAUAUACCCGUAUGUGGAAAAAACUUGUGGACCUAUCAGCUUUGCUCGCAUCACAGGGAUUCUUUCAAUACCACUUUUGCAAAGUUACCCCUUCAUAGCAUUGUUGUCGGGCACAGCCUUAUACGUAGUCAUUAGUAUUGCUUCCGUCUUCAAGAAUGUUAUGUCUGUGACGAUUACAACGGGUUUAUUCCUUAUACAAAACCGAGUAGUGGAACAACACCAAAGAGGAGAAGCUAAUGGCAUAUCAAUGACAUGCAUGUCUCUAUUCAAAGCUAUUGGCCCUGCAGCAGGCGGUACAAUAUUAACUUGGUCACAAAAGCGUAUGAAUGCUUCUUUCCUUCCAGGCACUCAAAUGGUAUUUUUCUUCCUGAAUUUAGUUGAAGGACUUGGAAUAGUUUUGAUGUUUAAACCAUUCCUGAGUGAAAAGAAGAAAACAACCUCAGAUACGUUACAUUGA